CUCACAGAGCUGCUGGAGAAACUUGGAGAACAAGUGCUACUCAUCUACACAGGAGGAACGAAAGCCUGCACUGAAGCCAAUCAUGGUGAGGAUUGACACCCUAAACGAACUGUCCCAGCUUAGGGACUCUGGGUUUGGUCAGCCAAAUCCUCGGCAUGGACUCAACCUGUUGUACUGGUUCGCACAUGAAUAUGUUGAAAUCGACAGUCAUGGCCGCAUGAUCCCAAACACCAGCCCUACCACCGGAGCUUACGGGUUUCAUCUGUUCCACAACUUUAAAGAUGAAGAUGACUACCUCCUGCCCAGUCAGAACCUUCCGUACUACGGUGUGGGGAAUCUCGGUGUAUCAAACGCAUACAAAUUGCCCUUGUAUGUAAGAAAGGACUACACCCACCUUCUAGAUGACAGCAACAAGGACCGCAUCAUGGUGCGGCUCAAAGAUGGCUAUUUGGAGAGGGUGUACAUUACUGAACACACUGACCAGACAAGGUUCGGCCAAACCUAUCGAAUCAGCCAAGGUCUAAUCAUGAAUAUCAAGAGGUUGCAGCGAGAGGACUUCCUCCAACAGAUGAAGCCUUUUCAGAGCAGAAAUCAAAGCUACACCUCACAUAAUCAAAGCUACACCUCACAUCACAAAAUAAUGACUCUUGGUGUACCAUUCUGUAGGUGUGCUGUUUCAUAUGCAUUCACUAUGAAUGCAUAG